GACAAGAGGGCACGUUCAGGCAGGGGUUCAGGCAGGUUCAGGCCGUCGUUCAGGCGUUCCUGCGGUUCCUGUACGGCCGUGGCGGCCGUGACGCCGUGAUUCGUGCAACGGCACGUGUGUGUGUGUGACCAGCUGGUACAAGUUUUGCGCCGUAGUCAGCGUAGUCCGCGGUGGUGCCGCGGGUUGCCAAAGGAAGUGCGUUGCAGCCGUGGUUACGAUGCUGCCUGCGUACUGCAGUGACAUCUCGUCUCGAGUGGCGUCACAGCGCUUCUAGAAAUGACCCAGGGAUGUGGAGUAAGGAACUGCAGGAACAAGGCGAGAGGCGGCAGCGGCGUGCGUUUUUUUCGCUUUCCGUGCGAACGGAACCACAAACGGAAGAGAAGGCUGUGGAUCGCUGCUGUUGCUGCUGUGAACCGCACGAAGGCCGACGGCACGCCGUGGGUGCCAUCGUCCAACUCUCGAGUUUGCAGCGCGCACUUUCACACAGGCCAGCCGUCGCGGUAUUCCACGCACCCGGAUCAUGUGCCGUCAAUCUUCCACGAUCAGCCACCUCGGAAUAAGGCGCGCAGUCAAAAGCGGGCCAACCUUCGUAGAAAGCGGGGCACCAGUCAUGCUGCUAUACCAACUGACAACAGGCUACAUAACGGUCAGCAAGAGCUCGUGCAGUCAGUGGCAGACUCCGGCGAUGGAGAUGCACGCCUGGAGCAGAUAAGCUGCCCAUUGGAAAGCACGACAGACAGCCUCUUCAGAUGCUGUUUCUGCACCCAUGUCACCGGGGAUCAGCGUGGAAUUGUCAACCACCUUAUCAUUCACGGUGAUGAAGGGCAAAGCCAGAAGUCUUCCUCUGCAGUGCAAGACUUGAUACGUCGCCCAAAGAUUCACGGGGGAAAGAGUCUUUUGAGCGCCGACUGUCUCCAGCAGCAUUCAGCAGACCGUUUGAUGUGGGCACUCACGUUUGAGCGCACUCGAGUGAAAAACCUUACAAAUGCCGCAAAUGUCCCGAAGCAUUUGCUAAAAUUAACCUGCUGGCCACCCGCAUCCGAACCCACACUAUUGGAAAACUUUACAAAUGUAAGGAAUGUCUGAAAGCGUUUUCACGAAGCAAUUAAUCUGACUUCCCACAUGCUAACCCACAGAGGUUCAAAACCUUACAGAUGCAAGUACAUAGUGCCCCAAAGCCGUUUCUUGGAGUGGCAGUCUGGUAGUUCGCACCCAAACGCACGGAGCUAAUUGGUUGUUCAGGCCUACCAGGUGUCUGAAGUCCUUCGUUUCGAAGGUUGACUGGCUCGCACAUGAAUGAACACAGGGGAAAGGCCUUACAGGUGCUAGCAGUGUUCCAAAGCCUAUACCCAGAUAGCAUUUCUUACGUAGCAUAUUCAAAUGCAUAUGGGCAAGAAAGAGACCUUCUGACACCUCCAACCCGCCACAUCCAAGUGCACAUGGGCGAGACCUUGCAAGUGCAAUGUUCCAAAGUCUAAGUUUAUUCACCACUGGAGACCAUUACUGCAUGCCCAAACACACCAAGAGGCUAUAGAUAUUUCCCAAAAGUUGUUGGGGUUAGUCUACCCGAGUGGCUUCAUAAGUUUCUGUGAGAAAUCAGCCAGGGAACAGCCUUUUAUGUGUCAGCAGUUGGUGUUGCUCUAGUCGGCGACAUAUUCAUAUAGUCGGGCAAGACCAUCCCCUUUGUCGGGCAUGAAAACGAGGCUAAGCCAUAAAAUGCUGCUUUCUCUAGAUGCAUUAAAGUGCACGGCAAGCGGGUGUAAAGUUGCAGCAACCAGUCGUCUCAACUCGAGGCGACCCAAAUGGAUACCUGUAGUAAAGUACUUUACGUGGAGUUGACGGCUUCUGAAUGGGCGAGCACGUAAACUGAAGACAGCCCAGUGCCGGAGCUAGGGUGACAUAACCCGUAGCUAACCGCCUAAAGGCAAGCUGUGUCAAGGCAUGGUUGACUAGGGCUCACACAUCUAGUGUUUCACCCAGCUAGUGGUUCACCCAGCCACUGUGCUGACCCAGACGGGAACCGGCGGGGCCCGCGGAGCACCGAGCCGGGACGAAAUGUUGAGACAACUGUUUGGGACGAAUUUCAAGGCGAGACAACCAACAUGCUCGGCGCGGCCGGCUUUUAUUGACAACAUGACGUCAUAUGCGCGAGCCGUGUGCACGGCUGUACGGUGGCACCAUCUCGAAACUGCACAGAAUCGGAUUACUACAGUGACGUUCCGAUCACUAGCACGAUUGGAGUUAAAAAUAAAAAUCUCAGUAUUGUAAAUUUGGAAAA